GCCUUCGAUUUUGAUAUCUUGGUCUCUCUUUGUCUGCCCCUCGUUUUCCUCAUCCCCACCUCGCCUACUCGUCAUGCCCCCCGCUCUCUUCACCCCCACACAGGUCGGCGCGUUCACGCUCAAGCACCGCGUCGUCCUGGCCCCGCUUACCCGUAACCGCUCCGACGCCAAGACGCUCGUGCCCCCCGCCGACCUCGGCGCUGAGUACUAUGCGCAGCGCGCAACUGACGGCGGCCUCCUGAUCUCCGAGGGCGCCUUUGUCGCCGCCGAGGCCGGCGGAAUCGCAGCCGCGCCUGGCAUCUACUCGCCCGAGCAGGUCGAGGCGUGGAGGACCAUCACAGCUGCAGUGCACGCUAAGGGCGGCCUCAUCUUUUGCCAGCUGUGGGCUCUCGGUCGCACGGCGAACCCGAACCUUGUCCCGACCGUCUGGGGUCCCAGCGCCGGCGAGUACGUCGCGAACCCGAAGAAGCCGUCGCCGGUCAAGAUCACGGAGAUGACCGAGGCGGACAUCGACCGCUUCGUGGCGCACUACGCGCACGGCGCGCGCUGCGCGAUCGACGCGGGCUUUGACGGCGUCGAAAUCCACGGCGCGAACGGCUACAUCGUCGACCAGUUCCUGCAGCCCGUCUCGAACACCCGCACGGACAAGUACGGGGGCAGCGUGGCGGCGCGGCAGCGCUUCGGGCUGCGCGUGCUCAACGCCGUGUGCGAGGCCGUCGGGCCCGAGCGCGUCGGCAUCCGCAUGUCGCCCUUUGGCAUCGUGCAGGGCAUGCGCGGCAGCUUCGCGCCGCUCGACACCUUUGUACCCUGGGCCAAGGCGAUUGUCUCGGCCCAGCCGGACCUCGCGUACGUCCACGCCGUCACGCCGCGCACGUACGGCACCACGGACAUGCCCGAGAACAUGAUUAUCGCGGACGACGACCUCGAGCCCAUCCGCCGCGUCGUGCGCGACGCCGGCGUCGCAUUCAUCUCCGCGGGCGGAUACCGGCCCGAGAUGGCGGUCGAGGUUGCUGAGCAGACGGGCGACCUCAUCGGUUUCGGGCGCUACUUCAUCUCCAACCCCGACCUGCCGGAGCGCAUUGCGCGCGGGUGGCCGCUCAACGACUACGACCGCAAGACGUUCUACACCCCCGGACCGAAGGGGUACAUCGACUACCCUACGCACAAGGAGUCGAGCGCGCGUCUGUAGACAGUAGAUACAUACAUGGAUUACUU